AGCGAACAUCAAAUUCGAGACCGCAUCGUCGACAACGAGCUUCAGUGCCGCCAGCUUUUUUUCACACAACAUCUGCUUGUCACAGUCGCCAAAAUGACAAACAGAGGAAAGCCCCGUGGUCUCAACGCCGCCCGCAAACUCGUCGCCGCCCGCAAGGAAGGCCGAUGGGCCGAUUUGCACUACAAGAAGCGACUCCUCGGAACCGCCUACAAGUCCUCCCCCUUCGGUGGCUCUUCGCACGCCAAGGGCAUCGUGCUUGAAAAAGUUGGUGUCGAAGCCAAACAGCCCAACUCCGCUAUCCGAAAAUGUGUCAGAGUUCAAUUGAUCAAGAACGGAAAGAAGGUUACUGCUUUCGUUCCCAACGACGGUUGCUUGAACUUUGUGGAUGAGAACGACGAGGUCCUGCUCGCUGGUUUCGGUCGAAAGGGUAAAGCCAAGGGUGAUAUUCCCGGUGUGCGAUUCAAGGUGGUCAAGGUCUCUGGUGUCGGUUUGAGCGCUCUGUGGAAGGAGAAGAAGGAAAAGCCUCGAUCAUAAGCGCCCGAAAAACGGAGUAGGGAGGAAAUCCAGCAGGCCCGGCAAACCUAGAAUCUGAGUGGUGGAGGGAGCGGUGCGAUGGCAGAUUGAUAUCCAUGCAUGCUCACUUACCGAAAUAUGGAUCUGGACUGGAUGCUACACGAGCAGCGGGAACAAUAUGGCCACGAAAGUCUUGCCUUGCAGAAAACUUGCAUGGUGACGACGGGUGUUGCCUGUGUGCCUAAUCCAGGCUCAUAGACACGGAAAUGAAAUAUCAACGUCGAUUUCUGCGAUUUGAUGCUAUCUUC